GGAGCUCCGAGUCGGUCAGGAUCCGGCCAGGCAGCGCGGGGAUCCGUGGAGGGAUAGAAACACGAACAGAAGCGCGAAGCGUCAAAGAAAAGUGUAGGAUUAAAGCCAAAAGGAAGGAUUUUCUAUCAGAGGAGGAGUGGAGUAGGCGCUCUCUGACCAGAGAAGGAACCUUCAAGUCCGACGCCCCAUGCAAACGCUCCAUGGCUUAAGCCCCGCCCUCUCACUGCGCCGGGCCCUGAGGACCGCCUGCCGGGGGAGCUCGCCGCCCCGACGCCCCGCCGCCAUUUUGCACAGCCGGAGAGGGAAAGGGGAAGCCGCCGGCGGGAGACAUGCCCGCUCUGGCCACCGGAGCCGGCCACGAGCCAGCAGGCCUGUACGAGCUGCUGGCGGCGCUGCCGUCCCAGCUGCAGCCCCACGCCAGCCGUCCCGAGGACAGCGCCUUCCUGCAGGACAUGUUCGGGGAGAGAAGCCUCCAGUCGCUCGUCAAGAUCCACGAGCGGCUGCAGCGCUAUGAGGAGAGCAAGCCCCUCCCCGCCCUGGACGCCGCCGCCGCCCUGGCCCAGCAGCUGUCCGACGAGCUGGAAGCCAAACCAGCCACCGCAGAAACCCAGGAGCUGCUGAAGCUGCUGCAAAAGCCCCAUGUGAAGACCCUUCUGUCCGUCCACGACACCGUCGCCCUGAAGAGCUACGACCCGGAGCUGCCGCUGCUGCCCGAGGACCUGGACGACGACGAGGACUCGGUCAAGAUCAUCAGGCUCGUCAAAAACAAGGAGCCUCUGGGAGCAACAAUACGGCGAGAUGAACACUCCGGAGCCAUCCUGGUCGCCCGGAUCAUGAGAGGAGGGGCGGCCGACAGGAGCGGGCUGAUCCACGUUGGGGAUGAACUGAAGGAGGUGAACGGGAUCCCUGUGGACGACAAGAAACCCGAGGAAAUCAUCCAGAUCCUGGCCCAGUCUCAAGGAGCCAUCACCUUUAAAGUGGUCCCUGGCGUUAAAGAGGAGGCGCCCAUCAAGGAGCCCAAGGUUUUCAUGAAAGCUCUCUUUGACUACGACCCGAAAGAGGACAAAGCCAUCCCGUGUAAGGAGGCCGGCCUGGCCUUCAAGAAGGGCUCCAUCCUGCAGAUCAUGAGCCAGGAUGAUGCCACCUGGUGGCAGGCCAAGCACGAGGGCGACGCCAACCCCCGUGCCGGCCUGGUCCCGUCCAAACAGUUCCAGGAGAGGAGGCUGGCACUGAGGCGACCGGUCACCACGCUGCUGCCCCAGCGGACCUCCAGCAGACGCUCCUCCGGCUUCAGGAGGAGCUUCCGUCUGAGCCGGAGAGACAGGAAGACCAACAAGUCCAUGUACGAGAGCAAGAAGAGCGAGAUGUACGACACGGCCGACGUGCCCACGUACGAGGAGGUGACCGCCUACCGCCGGCCCAGCGGAGCCAAGCACCGCCUGGUGGUGCUCGUAGGACCCACGGGCGUCGGCAUGAACGAGCUGAAGAGGAAGCUGUUGGUCUCUGACCCCCAUCACUUCAGCGUGACCAUCCCACACACCAGCCGGGCCAAGAAGAGCCAGGAGACGGACGGCGUGGAGUACCACUUCAUCUCCAAGCACCUCUUCGAGACCGACAUCCACAACAACAAGUUCAUCGAGUAUGGCGAGUACAAGGGGAACUACUACGGGACGAGCCUGGACUCGGUCCGCUCCGUCCUCUCGAAGAGUAAAGUGUGCUUGCUGGACGUCCAGCCUCACACGAUCAAACACCUGCGGACGGCGGAGUUCAAGCCUCUGGUGGUGUUCGUGAAGCCGCCGCCGCUGGAGAGGCUGAGGGAGACCAGGAAGACCGCCAAGGUCAUAUCGGGCAAGGACGACAAGGGCACGGCCAAGCCGUUCACGGACGAGGACUUUGAGGAGAUGGUGCAGACGGCGCAGACCAUGGAGGCUCAGUACGGCCACCUCUUUGAGAAGGUCAUCGUCAACGACGACCUGUCGGCGGCGUUCGACGAGCUGCGGUCGGCGCUGAAGAGCGUGGAGACGGAGACUCACUGGGUUCCCGUCAGCUGGACUCACUCCUGAGACUGUAGAGGAGACAAAGGGAAGCGAUUCUAGAGCAAUGUGCAGGUUUUAUCUUCUGUUUCUACGUGUGUGUGUGUGUGUGUGUGUGUGUGUCUGCAUCGACUGGUGUUGGGAGGAAUUGAACAAGACGGCGCCAGACUGCCAGCGUCGCCAUGCCUGAGCCGGGCCGGCCUAAAGUCGGGUGUCUGGAUCCAGCAGGAUUUAGAGCUCAGCCUGGACGUGGAUCCGCUGAGGGAUUCUGUCCAGAACUCGAGUCUUGGACAUCGAUCGAGUCUCUGUCCUGGUCCAGAACCAGGGCCGGGACGAGCACGGCAGCAGCAGUGAUCCGGCGAGCAGGACUCUCCUCUUCAGUGUGUUCAUUACGUCAGAGCGUUAGGAGCCAAAAGGGAUGGAAGCGUUGGUUCUCGGUGGACCGCCUUCGUUUGUGUGUCGGUCAAAGAGCCUCGAGGGGAAGAAACCUUUUCUGUGCUUCUAGAAUUCUUCCACGACUGUUAAACCUCUGUCAGGUACACUCCCCACAACGGGCAAUAGGUGAAACUUUAUUUAAAAGAAAUUAAUAUAUUUUGUAAAACCUUCCAGUAGCUGCUGGAAGACCUUUUAAUAUGCAGGUUUUGAUUCUGAGAGCAACCCCAGGUGAAGUGAGACACCUGAGACGGGUCGGGUUUCACUCCGCUGUUUGGGUUUCGUCUCGGCGGUCUCCUUCUCCCCCUACAAAGCUCCGGCGCAGUCGUUUUCUUUAGGUGUUGUAUGCUCCAUUCAGGAGCGCUGCUUGAAAAGCCACCCUUCAUGUGAAGGUGCCCAGCAUAACAGCUCCGCCAUUAAAAGUCCCACAACUGGACACACUUGGCCGCCUGCGAGAAGAAAAUGUUCACAAUGGUGUUUUAUUAGGGUGGAGUCUAUAUUUUUAUUCACAUAAAAUUGGCUAAUAGUGGCUUGGUAGCAGACUUCCAGGAUUUCUAACCCGAGCAGGCGCUCCUGACUUUAUGAGCAUUAGGAGUUUAUUGCUAAUUUCAGUUCCCCAUUCCCAGCUCGAACUCAUUUCUACUCUGAAUAUUUCUUUUUUGCCAUAAACCGCUUGAAUUUUAAUUUGCCUGACAUCAGUUUUCAGAGUGAUUAACACGGUUACAUCCCCAUCCAGGUUUGGCUCCCUCGCCGACGCUUUUUAUAAGAAAAAAAAAAACUUUUAAUCCCUUUAAUAUAUGGACUUAGAGCCAUGAGGAGACACGUUUAGCCUCGCGUGGAGACUGGAAACAAGCUAGCCGGACUCUGUUAGCGCUUCUGAAGCUGAGGUUUUAUGGACUUAAGCUUCAUUCCAGCUUGUAAAAAGAUAGCCGAGAGUUGGCAAGAGUCUAGCAACACAAUAUUUAAUACAAUACUCCAGUGUAUUUUCCUGAAAUGCCACCAUGAACUUGACUGAUAGGGUGAAUAUGUAAAGCACGUCCAAAGUUAGCAUAGCUUCAAAGAUAGCAUUGGUUCUCUGGUGAAAAGGCCCAUCGGGUGUUUUGAUUGUUGUCUGUCGCUACUGAAUAUAUUGAGGUUUAAUUUACUUUGAUUGGAGGAGAUCGUUCUUACAAGCUCUUGUUUUUUUGCCCAAAAAGCUGCUGAAAGUCUUCCUGUCAUUUAAUUAGAUAGUUUGAGUUAGAAGGUAAGAUCUUCAUGUUGUGGCCGCCGUCUGGCUACAUGCUAGCAAACACCUUCAGGAGGAUGAUGAGAGUGAAAUGACUGGCUGGAGGAGCUUCUUUAGCCUCUUUCAUCACCUCAUCAGAAGCCUGGAGAACGCUAACUUCCUGUUAACUGAAGAUGAGUUCGGCUCUGUCUCCGCCUGCCUCCAGUCUAUUUGAGAAGCCAGUCGCACCGUCUUCUCAGCUGCAGGGUUCAAACCUACAAAUAAAACUCUAAUCAGCGUCUGCAGGACAGUAAACCUCCUCUGACUCUCGACUGAGCGUUUCAUGUCGAGUUCCUCCAAACUGUCUUCAUGUGAAAUGAUUGGUCUUUUUCUUUGUGUUGUAAUAUUAACGUACUAAAUAGGGAUCCAUGUUUAAAAAGGGUACUUUGAGGACUUCUGCUGUUGAGUGAUGUUAGUUUGCACCAGUGAAAGGGACUUCACAGCCCUCAGUCUUCAUUUUAACCGCAGUGAUGAUUAAAUGAGGUUCAUUUCCUGUCUCCUCCACACGCUUCCUGUUGGUUUGGUCAGAUUUGUACAGUAUUUGGAAAACGUGUCUAGUUUCUUGCUGUAAAUGAUAUACUGUUGUAUGAAUUGACAUUAUUCUUGAUAACUGCUGCAUUUUAUAUUAAAGAAAAUCCA